AUGCCGCCGCCGCCGCCGCCGCCGGUGCUGCCGGACGUGCUCCUCGAUGAGAUCCUCCUUCGCCUUCCCCCGGAUGACCCCGGGUGCCUCUUCCGCGCCUCCCUCGUCUGCAAACCCUGGCGCAGCCGCCUCACCAGCUCCGCCUUCUCCCUCCUCUACCGCGAGUUCCACGGGACGCCACCCUUGCUCGGCUUCUUCGAGAACGACGAAAUGGUAUUCUUCUGGUUCACUGCAUUGUCCCGCACAUCCCCCUUCCCCUCGGCCCAUCCUAGCCACUGCGAUCUCGUCGUGCUCGACUCCCGCCACGGCCUCGUCCUCCUAAGUAAGCUUGGCUCAAGCGGCGAACCCCUCAGCCUCGUCGUAUGGGAUCCCGUCGGUGGUUGCCAGUGGGAUUUUCCCUAUCCCGAGUUCGCAGAGUGGGCAUCUGUCCUAGAUAGCGCGGCCGUGCUCUGCGCCGCCGACGGCUGCCAUCAUGUCGAUUGCCAUGGCGGCCCAUUCAAGGUGGUGUAUGUAGGCACCAAUGAGGAUGAUGGCAUUGCCCGUGCCUGCGUCUACUCUUCAGAUGUUUGUGCUUGGAGCCCACUCACCUCUUGUGAGCACCCUGAAUUUCCACUUGAAGUCGUUGGCACUGCGCCCAUAGCCCUUGUGCGAAAUGCACUCUACUUCUCAUGUGAACCCUCCACGAUAAUACUACAAUACAAUUUAACCACCCAGGAAUUAGCUAUGGUUACCCGGCCACAAAUGUACGAUUGGCUGCAUGAUAAGUAUAUUCUUAUAGCAAUGGAGGAUGGCGUGUUGGGAUGCGCCAGUUUGCAGAAGUCCAGGCUCGACUUAUGGUCAGGGGAGGCUAGUAAUGAUGGAUCCGUAACAUGGGCUUUGCGCAGAGUCGUCGAAAUUGAGAGCGAGCUACUCUCUUAUUCGAUGACCGUCAUUAACUUCGCGGAUGCAGCUGGUGUAUUUUUUGCAAGCUCUCAGUGUGGUGUCUUCACCAUCGAGCUUAAGUCAGGCAGAGUCAAGAAGGUAUCAGGCAAUAGAGACCAUGUCAUUCCGUACACAAGUUUCUACACUCCAGAUAAAACUGGGGGCAUAACGCCACUAUCAACCUUGACUUCCUUGGACGAGAAUGUUCAGCCGACCCGAGAUGGACAGAAUGAUUUGAUGUUGUGGCACUCAAGUGGGGAUGAGAGCGAGGAGGACGAAUGGGAACAAAAGCAAGAGAAUAGUGCACAGGAGUUAUUCAACAAGGGGUCCAUGGCCAUCGAGAAGGGGCAAUUUGUCGAUGCAAAGGACCACUUCUGCAAAGUCCUUGAGACCAGGGUGUUACUUUAUGGGAGACUUUCUCCAAAGUGUCUUAGCACAUAUUUUAAAUAUGGAUGUGCUUUGCUAUAUGCUCAACCCCUGAGUGCACCAAAACAAGACUUGUUGAAGGAUAUAACCAACAAACAUGAUACUAAAAAAGAUUUGGAUCUGGCUUGGAAAAUGUUGCUUAUUGCGAAGGCUAUACUUGUGAAUACUCCUUGCUGCCCUCUGGAGAAACUUGAAAUUUUUUCUACUCUUGCUGAAGUCUCUAUGGAAAGAGAAGACAUUGACUACUCACUCAGUGUGUGGUUUAAAGCUUUAGCUAUCUUGGAGCAUUUGGUUGAGCCUGAUGAUAUUCAAAUCAUCUUAUUAAACCUCCGCAUAUUUUGGGCUUUUGAGUCAUCAUCCAAGAUUAAAGAUGCGAUCCCAUACCGUGAAAAGGCUACUGCAUUGUGCAAGUCGCGUAUACAGAACCUGAAAAGGGCCAAGGAAGCUUUGUUCGCUGAUAAAGGUGCUAAUGCAUCUGCUGCAGAAGUUGGCUCAGUAAAAUCCUGUCCAGAUAAGCGGAUAAAGUAUCUUACUCCCUCAUUGACUAUUCUAGGGAAGCAGCUUGAACACCUGGAACAAGCAGUGUCAAUCUGGAUCUCAAAGGCAAGUGAUCAGCAGAAAAGUUGGCGCUGAUGCCCCGAGAGUUAUAUCUUCCACUUCUUCACAAAUUGCUGGACCAAGGAAUGCGAAGUUUAUAACAGAAAGUGGAAGUGCUGGUUGUCCUUGAGCUGACAAUGGCGCUGCAGGCAGAGGCAUUAAGUGAGCUAGUGCCAAAGAGAUCUCUGCUGAACCUUGUCCCAAUAUCUCGCAGAAGGUUCUUCAUCCGUAAAAGGUUAAAGCAUAAGCAGCAGCUAUGAUGUUCAUCUCACAUGUCGUUCACAAGCUACAUCAACGCCAGUCAUCCCGGCGGUAAACUUGGUUCUUUCUGGAAAAGAUUUCAGUGAUAGGUGCAUCUCGCCAUCCUUCCUAAAUAAGAUCGCAGAAGCAGAUCUCCCCAUUUUAUAGGUCGAUCGCAAGGGUGGAGGUGCAUUGUGGUGAAACGGUCUCAUUCUGGAUGGGUAACUGGUCAACCUGUUAGAGUGACAUGCUCUGCGUUCGCACAGCCUACGCCCCAAUUCGUUAAUUGCCAAAGUUUUGAGAGAUGGACUCAAAAGCCCAAAAUAUGUGGCCAUAUCUCAAAACAGCCUACGCCCUGUCUCUCAUGUGUCACUGAUGCUGAAGUGGCCGAGGUGCAAGGAGAUCAUUGGCAGGGUUGACAUGGACCAGGAGGAGGUCACCCCGCAUAUAAAGUCAUUUCCCUACAUGGUGUCAGUGAUCAAUCGGCUGAGUCCGUGUGUUGCUCGCGUCUGUCAACGUAACUGAAGAACUUUGAGCUCCUUAUGGCUAAUGGUAAGCCUCCUCUCCAUCACCGGACUGUGAGAGGUGCUCUGCUGCUGAAACUCCACCUGUUCACGGACUGUCCUUUUGUUGGUUUGGAUCCGGCUGACAGCCGCCUUCCCUCUCGAUAAAGCUGUGAGAUUGUUUCUUGCUGUUAAACUGCCAGAAAAAGUCUCUUCUGAGGCUUGGACUGAUGUCCUUAUUAUGCUCGUUUGGCACAUAUGGAAAGCAAGUAACGCGGUGAUCUUCCAAGCACACCAGCUGACAACGGCUGAGAUCUUCAGUAGACGUGCUGAUGUUACUAUCUUGCAGAACCAACUCACCUUCCAGACCGAUGAAAAAAAGAGUUCAUCCCACAUCAUAUGAAUAGGAUGGUGAGGAUUCCACUUGGAAGUAUGCUACACGCCUAGCCCCUGCUAGUAACUUCAUGGAAAUCUGUUUGCUGAAUAUUUGGUCCUGUUUUGCUUAAUGCGAAAGUGCAGCAUGCCCGUUAUGUCCAACAUUCGAAAUAUUUUUUUGAUAGAAUAUCUGCACUUUAUUGAUGAAGCAACAAUCAGUACAAAGUACUUCUCGGAUAGAAUCCGGGAUGACAGCAAGAGAGAUUACAUAAAUUUGGCUCACUACUCCGAACUAAGGUAGGUGCCACAACAUUCAUAUGACAACCGUAAUGCUUGAAUGAACAAGUGGUGAACUCCACAGCAAAGCUUUUUGAUAUCACUUACCACCGCUCCCACUUCAAAACGAUCCCUGUCCUCAGAAAGAAUAUGCUGAAUCAUCGAUAAGCAAUCUGAGACCAAAAUGAUGUUUAAGAUCUAUGGCGGGCGCUGAUGGUAUCAAGAGACCAUUCCAAAUAUUUUAUCCCCCUCUCAAUCUUUGAUGAUUAGUCCAUACAAGCUUGUUUGCGAGUUUCCUUGCAGUUGGAAGUGACCGCUGUCUGUAGUCCUCUCUUGUUGUGUCCGCAGCUGAGUAAGGCUAUCUUGGCAUUUUAAUCGUUAUUAUUGUGCUACUUUAGUCUGUAGCGUGCAAUGAAUACUUCUAUAUUUUGCAUGCUUCGCUGUGCAAGUUGAGGCACGAAGGGAGGUGAUGAAAAAGGGUAGAGCCAGUGAGCCAGGUGUGGCUGUGAGGUGUGGACUAGUGUCACAC